CGCGCGUGGCAAGACGUGGGUGUUCGCAAUUUAUGUCGAGUGCAAUUACGCUGUCUCAUCUUAAUAAGAAUCCUGUUAAUUUUCAUUGAAAAAGGGGUUUAAUUAUGUCUUGAAUUGUAAUCCAGACAAUGUCCUAUGUGGUUUGCUAUGGGGAUUAAUUAAAUUACAUUUUCUCACGUAGAAUUAUGAGUUCUUAGGAAAACGUGACUUUGGCUGCGAGGGAAAAUGAGUUUGGCACUAUUUGUGUCAGCGAUGCUAGCUGCUUCAACCCAAAUUGCAGCAGCGGCAACCUAUCGAGAGGAAAUACCUGAAAAAUGCACAUCACUAGCGGUAUCCAGCUGCCAAAAACUCGGCUACAACGAAACGUACGUUCCGAACUUUUUAGGAAUGAAAAGUCAGAUAAAUGCAGAAGAAUCAAUAAAUUCUUUCAAUCCAUUGCUUCAAUAUGGUUGUUCUCCGCAUCUAAGACUACUUCUCUGCGGCUUUUAUGCUCCAAUGUGCAGUCCAUCGGGACUUGUUCUUCCGUGUCAACGCUUUUGUAGCUCGGUGCGUGCGCAGUGUUUGCCGAUUAUGAUGACUUUUGGAUAUUCUUGGCCGAAUGAGUUAGAUUGCUCGAAACUUCCCGUAUCAAACUCGGCAGGAAACUUGUGCAUGGAGCCUCCCGAGCGCUCCAUAAGUUCCCCAGCCGAACUUGCGCCAAACAGAAAUAAAGCCUCAUGUGUCGGACAAGAAUGCCUGUGUCGAGGUAUGGCCCUCAGGGUUAUUCCUUUUUCCGCACAAGACAAGGAAUUUGCUAGUGUAUGGAUGGCCAUAUGGAGCGUGGUGUGCUUUGGCAUCACGGUUUUCACUCUCGUCACUUUCCUCCUAUCCCGCACUCGCUACAGUUUCUUAGAGUCGAGCGCGUUCACAUAUCCGGACCGCUGUAUACUGCACAUGGUAGGCUGCUACUGCAUGGUAGCCGCCGGGUACUUGAUGCGGUUGGGACUUGGGCCGAGCUACACGAGUUGUUCCGCAACAUCAAGCACAGAGAUUGCAAACUUUUCUGCUAACUACGCCAGCAAAGAGAAGGCUGUUCUGGAUGUAUCCUGUGUUUUGGUCUUCCUUCUGCUCUACUAUUUUACCAACGCUGCAGCAAUGUGGUUCGCGAUUUUGUGCGGCUGUUGGUUGGGCGGCGUGCUGCGUAACUGGGGUCACGCGCGUCUGCUGCGUGGGGCUGUGUACAUGCACUGCCUGGCCUGGGGCGGUCCUGCUGUGCUGGCCAUGCUGGUGCUUAAUAAGCGCGCCCUCAUGCCGGACCAACUUACUGGCACAUGUUAUCCCGGGCACGGCAGCAGCGUGGUGUUGGUGCGAUGGGUUAUGUUGCCCCUGCUGAUGCCAUUGCUCGUGGGUACUCUACUUCUCCUGCUCACAUUUGCUCGGCUCUGGAGAGCACAUCAAGCUGUCAAUAAAAGAGCUGCUUAUUCUUCACAAGCCUAUGUUGGGAAUACUGACCCCUGUUGUACUGUCAAACAAAGCUGCGGAUGCAGUUUUGGACCUUGUAACACCGUGAAUAUGGAACAAAGUUGCUCGGCGCAUAGAAUACCAACACACAACUGCAUGGAGAUACCAAAAACAGGGUAUCCAAGUGGUCAGUGUAGGGUAGAAGUUAAAAGCAGUAUUAGUAAAAACAACAGAAUCGGCAAUAAGAAUACAGGCGGCUACGUUCCUCAUAUCCAGCCUCAUAUCCAGGCUUGUACAGGAAGUGUUCACUGUACUAAAAGUAGUAAACCAGAUAAAACAAAUCAUUGUGGAGCACAAUAUACCAUCGUUCACUCACCGCAUUACAGAGGAGCAGAAAAUUUCACUUCUUGUUGUCCGCAAGAAAAAGCUGGUGAUUAUCAGCAACACGUGGAUGAAGAUAAUAUUUUGCGGAUCAAUCCUAUACAUCCAGCGAUGCAAGCCAUUUUUAAGGAAACAGGUUCACCUCCCACUUGUAAUGCUGAGGCCACAACGAGCUCAUCAACAAACGCGCUGAAAAAUGUCGAUUUUCAAGACAAUCACGUCAUGUCUAAAUUCUCCGUGUGCCUUCCUGGUCCUUCCACAAGAAGUCUUUGUUCUUCGGCGUUAAAUUUGGAUCAAAUCUUGCAUCAUUCGCCGCAAUGUAUUGAAGAUUCCAGCCACGAAAGAAAAAGUCAGAAUAAAACAAUAAAGCAGCGACACAAAGCAACAUCAAGCAACACGAAGAUGAAGAAAUCUUCUACUGUCGGGUUCUGCUUCCAGUGCAACGAUAUCACACAGACAGAAAAUCGAUCAGCUGAACUAAAAGAAAUUCCAUCUCAAUCUUGCGGUCAGUUUAGCGGCGUCACUACGGAAGAAGCGGGACAGCAUCGACGAAAUGCUUCGGUUAAAUCGCAUCCCGCGGGCGAACCUAAAUCAAACAGUACUGCCUCGAGUUGUCGCUGCGGAGACCGUCAAAUUGCGGACCCGGAGGGCCAACGUCCGACAUUUCAAUCAAAGACUUCGAAGAAAUCGAAUGAAUGCGGCGAAGUGCACCAAAGAAGCCCAAAGGCUGUGCUUUUCGAAGCAGUUUUGCGCCGUCCAGCGCAGAAAGCUGCAAGGAUUGGCGUGAUUGCUGUUCUCUACAUGCUGCCUACUGCCGUACUGGUGGGUGCCACGUUUUACGGGAGCGUGCAGUACGACAAAUGGCUAGCAGACGCAUUCCUUCAUCCUUCAAUAGAAGUUUUCAUGCUGAAAAUAUUCACAAGUCUUGCCCCAGGCAUAGCGCUCUCGCUUUUCUUGGGUAACAACAGAGUAAUGCUUUCAUGGCGCCAGCUCGGCGAGCGGCUCUAUGCUCUUCACAAUGUAGCACAUAAUUAUCCCUCUCAGGCUGCUGAUGGCAAGCCCUACGGUUGGGAUCAUGGAAGUGCCCACCCCCAAUGCAUUCAAAAGCUUCAAUCGCAGCCGCAAGGCUGUCAAGAUGCCAGAGGUGAUGGUGUCUGUUGCCCACACAAUUGUUAUUCACGACACGCUCCCUUGGAAAACUCGUGCAAAACUCUACAGGAAAUUCCACAAUGCCGUGAAAAGAUUCGGGUCGUUGAGAGUGUCAAACCUAUCUUGAAAAAGACACCGAGGGGUUUCGUGGCUGCUGGACCCUCGUCUCGUGGUAAAAACGAUAUCGUCCUCUUGACGAACGAAGAUGGAAGCGCUGUCAAUUCUUGCAAAGUCUUUGCCCCUGCAGAUGCAGUGAAUUUCAACCGUGAGACGCGGCAGCUACCGGAUUCAGUCGAUAACAAGAAGUAUCGUGAUGUCCAACAAGAUGAAAAUUUAACCAUGAAAGGCGCUUUUGUGAAUGACGGGACACGUUGUGAAGUCAGAAACGAUGUCUCGCUUCUUGUCAGUCCUAAUGCAGUACUUAAAAUGACUACUUCUCGUACACUAGUCGAUGGCAAUGGAGUGGCGUUUCCAAGUUCUUAUUUUAAACUUGAGAAUAAUGCAUCAGAAAAAGAAGACAAUGCUAUACAUCAUUCAGUUCUUAAUGUAGCACGUAAUGGCACGGAGACCGAGAUUCCAGGAAGGGAUUUGCCAUCAUGAAAGAUGCAUGAUGUACGGAAGCCGAAUGCAUCUUCUAACACUCGAAUUUGUUGUUCUCGAUACGUGUAAUUAAGUGGCUUGUGGAAUAUUUAUUACUCAACAGGC